CUUAUCAGGGCGAUUUCUAAAAAAGUGACAAAACUUACAAUGACAUAAAAUUUACAGUCUUACAAUCCUCAGUUGGCAAACACCAACCAACCCAAGGUCCUCCCAUCACGGAGCAUGAUUGUCAGCUGAAAUACCAAUUAAGCUCGUAAGAGCCCCAAUCACCCUGACCGCAAAUAAAAAUGCUCUACGACCUCAACAUCGCUUGGUCGCCCUCAACCAGCGCCGCCGAUCUCGAGCGCACCCUGCGCUUCAGCUCGCAACUCGGGUACAACGUCGUCGCGCUGAACCACACCCUCGACGCGCCCCUACCUUCACAACUCACCAAUCCGCUCCCCAAAUUCGCGCCCGCAAACCCUUCCUCCUCCCCCUCCACGACGCAUCCCGCCAAACAGCCGAACCAGCGCCUCCCCACCGUCCUCCGCCGCCUAACAAUCAACCUCAGCGACCCAGCGCAGAACCCCCAACUCGCGCGCGCAGCACAGCUCUACGACAUCCUCGCGGUGCGGCCGCAAACCGAAAAAGCGUUCCAAGCGGCGUGCCUGACGGUCAGCGCGACGGACAUCGGGAUCAUAUCUCUGGACCUCGCGACGCGGCUGCCGUUCUACCUGCGCCCGAAGCCGUGCAUGGCCGCCGUGAACCGGGGGCUGCGGUUCGAGAUCUGUUACGGGCGCGCGCUAGGCGAUGGGGCGGAUGCGCGGGCGAGGGCGAAUUUUAUCGGGAAUGUGGCGCAGCUUGUGCGUGCUACGAGGGGGAGGGGGUUGGUUGUUAGUAGUGAGGCGGUGGAUGUGUUGGGAUUAAGGGCGCCUGCUGAUGUGGUGAAUUUGCUGGCGGUUUGGGGAUUGCCGGCGGAGAGGGGGAUGGAGGCGUUGGGGGUGAAUCCGAGGGGGGUUGUGGUGAAUGAGGGGAUUAAGAGGAGUGGGUUUAGGGGCGUGGUGGAUAUUGUGAGUGUGGCGGAGAAGAGUGAGGCGGAGAGGGAGAGGGAGAAGGAGAAAGAGAAGGGGAAGGGGAAAGAGGCGAUGGUGAAGGAUAAUAAGAGGAAGAAUGGUGAGGGUGAGAAUGUUGGUGAGGGAGGGGAUCAACCUAUGAGUAAAAGGCAGGCUAAGAAGCUCAAAGCUGCGUUAAGGAAGAAAGAGGUAGAGGGGAAGGGGGCCUAGUCCUAAUGAUAGAAAAGGGGAUAAUGAUCUCCUUAGGCGAGACUUGCAUUCGGUGAUGGCGUUCGGUUCAAAAAGGCUGGUCAUCUGAAGAUACCCUCAUGAAUACAAUAUUUCUCGCUUUCG